CGCGUAAUCCUGCAGGUGCAGCUACCGGCAUCCUAUCGCGGCUUCGCUUCGAGACGGAAGGCUGUCCCGCGAGGUGUGGAGCCGAGAGCGGUUCGCCGUCCGAGAAGGGUUCACAUCACCUCUUCCUCUGCCCCCCUCCGGUCUGUCUUCGGGGUCUCCCAUUGGUGGCUGCAGUUGUUUUGAUGGGAACUCAGUAACCGCUCGAGAGGAGAGGAAAGGAGCGGAUGCUCAACUGUAGCAGGAAGAUGGGUAGAUCCGCGAGUGUUCUUCAAGUCCUUCUGGUUUCCGCAACCAUCGUUGUUGCUCAGACGCAAUGGGCUAGUGGUGUAUGGGGCAUGUACUGCGAGGACUUGACAGCGAGUGUAGAAAGGCCGCACAGGGCCUCGGUAACCGAUUUCGGCGCCGUCGGAGAUGGUGCGACUCUUAACACGAAGGCGUUUCAGAAUGCGCUCUUCCACCUCGACUCAUUCGCGAAGAAGGGCGGGGCGCAGCUGUUCGUGCCUGCUGGGAGGUGGUUGACUGGGAGUUUUAGCCUGAUCAGCCAUCUCACGCUAUCGCUGGACAAGGACGCAGUGAUUCUUGGAUCACCAGACUCCUCUGACUGGCCAGUGAUUGAUGCUCUUCCAUCUUAUGGGCGCGGUAGAGAACUCCCCGGCAAAAGACAUCAAAGUCUAAUAUUUGGAUCCAAUCUUACCGAUGUGAUAAUAACCGGUGCCAAUGGCACCGUCGAUGGCCAGGGUGCGGUUUGGUGGGACUGGUUUCACAACCACACAUUGAACUAUACUAGACCACCGCUCGUUGAGUUGAUGUACUCUACCAGAGUUGUUAUUUCCAACCUGACCUUCAUAAAUUCGCCGUUCUGGAAUAUCCAUCCUGUGUACUGCAGCCAGGUUUUGGUCCAGCAUCUCACAAUCCUAGCACCUAUCAGUUCACCAAACACCGACGGCAUCGAUCCAGACUCGUCCACAAACGUCUGCAUCGAAGACUGCUACGUCAGAAACGGCGACGACAUUAUCGUCAUCAAGAGCGGGUGGGACGAGUACGGCAUCUCCUUCGCCCACCCCAGCUCCAACAUCAGCAUCCGCAACAUCACAGGACAGACGAGGAACAGCGCCGGGCUCGCCUUUGGAAGCGAGAUGUCAGGCGGCAUAUCGGACGUCCGAGCGGAGGGUGUCCGGAUCGUCAACUCGGUGCACGGUAUCCGCAUCAAGACGGCCCCAGGGCGUGGAGGGUACGUGAAGAACGUGUAUGUAGCUGACGUCAGCUUCGACAACGUUUCCAUAGCCAUCAGGAUCACUGGAAACUAUGGUGAACACCCUGACGAUGGCUACGACAGGAACGCGCUUCCCACCAUAAGCAACAUAACCAUCAAGGAUGUCGUGGGUGUCAACAUUGGUGUUGCAGGAAUGCUGCAGGGCAUUCCGGGGGAUAGCUUCAGUGGCAUCUGCUUGUCAAAUGUUUCUCUAAGUGUCAGGUCUACUGAUCCAUGGAAUUGUUCACUUGUCGAAGGGUAUUCGAGCUCUGUGUCACCUGAGGUGUGUGAGCAACUGAGAGCCACUCCUGGUCCUGGGUCCGGACAGAUGUGCUAUGGAGGUAACUAUCCGGCAGCUGCGGCACAACCGCAGCCGCCGCAGAAGUCAGGUGCUAGCCGGCUGGUAAGUCCUUUCCUCUCGAUAAGUUGGUUUCUACGUAGGUAACCUUGAGCAUAGUAUCUACUUAUCAUUUUCCCCCCCUGUUCCCACUUCCCAGCAGCUUGGUAAUUGUAGUUUAUGGAGUUCAGUACCAUGUACACUUGUUCCAAAAACUAUUUGCUGGGGCAUGUAGCUACUGAUUAUUCUUACUCAGAAAUGGAAUGGAUUUGUUUG